AUGCAAAGAUUGUCAAAACAUAGGCCGAUCCAACAUGUACUGGCAGGACCAAUGAACCUCAUUGUCAAGGCUUGGCCUUUCAAUGGUUGGGUAAUGGAUGUGAUUAGCCAAAUCCACCCAAAGUCAUCCAAGGGCCAUAAGUACAUCUUGGUGGCCACCGAUUUUUUCACAAAGUGGGUGGAGGCUGUCCCACUUAAGAAGGUUACCCAGGUCGAGGUGAUAGAAUUUAUUGAGAAGAAUAUCAUCCACCAAUUUGGCUUGCCCCAGUCCAUCAUGACAGACUGA